GCAGGUGUCCCGUGCUCCAGUUCCUGCUCCUGCUCCUGGCCAACCUUCCAGCUCCUCGGACUAAUGGCUCACUACGCGUACCUCGCCGCCCUCGUGCUCCUGGGCAUCUGCUGCCAGUGGGGAUGCUGUGCAGCCAUGGCCAUGCCGGAUGAGGAGCGCUAUGUGCGCAAGGAGUACAACCGGGACCUGCUCGACUGGUUCAACAACGUGGGCGUGGGACAGUUCAGUCCCGGCCAAGUGGCCACGCUCUGUCGCUAUCCGCUGAUCCUCGAGAACUCCUUGGGCCCGGCCAUGCCCAUCCGGAAGCGCAACUCGGAGCUCAUCAACUCCUUGUUGAGUCUGCCCAAGAACAUGAACGAUGCGGGCAAGUAAGCCCGUGCAGAAAUGGCGAAGGAAUGAAGGAAUGUUGAACGACGGAACCUGAACAAGAACUUAUGAUUUGAUGUUAUACUUUGGGUUUUCGGUGCGUCGAAGGAAAGUGAAAGUCCGCAGAUGUAAGCUGGUGUAGUCAUCUAAUUGAGAGCAAAGACCGUAUAACUUUUGUUGCUUUAAACCUUUAUGAACCUAUAUAGAGAAAUAUACAAGUAGCCUAUUGUAGAAAUGUUGUAUAUUAUUAGGCUUCUUGCUGAAAUAAACGUUUCCUGUCUUCAAAUCUGGAAAUCUGGUACAACAACUAUUAAAGAUUUUUAUUCUGCGCAUGGCAGACAUUGUAUCUUAAUCACAGAUACUAAACCUGGUUAAACAUAUUCGGUUUCGAAAGUAGAUUUUGUCUAUUGCUAAAAUUGGAAUAUAUAUUUAUUUCUAUUUUAAGUACUAACUUAAAUAAAUAUGCAAUACUGAAGCAGUCAAAAGUAUGCUUUGGAAGCAAAAAACCCAAAGAAU